AGGUUAUUGGGGGGCGCCCGAGGCGGCCCUCAGCCGCGGCCGUUAGGGGAAGAUGUCCGCCCGCCGACGCCUCAUCGGGGACCCUGAGUAUCUGACAAAAAGGAUUCCACAAAACCCAAGGUAUCAGCAUAUCAAGUCUAGGCUCGACACUGGUAACAGUAUGACCAAAUACAUUGAGAAACUGGAAGAGAUCAAAAGAAAUUAUAGAUACAAAAAAGAUGAGCUUUUUAAGAGACUAAAAGUUACGACUUUUGCCCAGUUGGUCAUUCAAGUUGCAUCCCUGUCUGAUCAGACACUGGAAGUCACAACUGAAGAAAUUCAGAGGCUGGAAGAUAGUGAGCCUGCCGCUUCUGACCCUGAUGCUGAAAUCACAGGGAAGAUCAAUGGGAAAGGAAGCCCCAGUGAGAAACCUGCAAGCCCAAUCCAAUUCAUAAACAACACUGGAGGCGGGGAGUCAUAUCGAUCAACUUUGCAUAGUGUCAUCAGCGGUGUUGGGGAGUUGGACCUAGACAAAGAAACCCCAAAGAAAACAGAGCUCAAUUCCAAAGAUAAACCUUAUCCUGAUUGCCCCUUCCUAUUGCUAGAUGUCCGAGAUAGAGACUCUUACAAUCAAUGCCACAUCGUUGGAGCUUACAGUUACCCUAUUGCAACUCUGUCUAGAGCAAUGAAUCCUUAUUCAAAUGACAUUCUUGAAUAUAAAAAUGCCCAUGGCAAGAUUAUCAUACUUUACGACGAUGACGAGAGGCUAGCCAGCCAGGCAGCCACCACUAUGUGCGAACGGGGAUUCGAGAACCUCUUCAUGCUGUCUGGAGGUCUGAAAGUCCUAGCCCAAAAAUUCCCAGAAGGGCUGAUCACUGGCUCACUGCCAGAAAACUGCCAGCAGACGUUUCCGCCCGGAUCUGCUCGGAAGCGAACCAGCCCCAGAGGGCAGCCCCCACCUGCCGAAAACAAAUGGAGAUUUACCCCAGAAGAUAUACAAAAGAUAGAAUACUACCUGGAAGAGGAUCAGAGUCCUGCUAACCCUUCUGGUCGUCUGAACCGUGGCUUCUCCUCUGGGAGAGAUUCCAGAGGGACCGCUGGGCGCAGCGGUCAGACGCUGUCCACCGGGGGCCCAGCCAUCAACCUGAAUGCCCGCUCUCUCAGCAGCAGCAGCAGCCUUCAGAAUAAACCCUGGAAGUAAAGACUUUGUCUCUGCACAGUCCAAUAAAUUAUUUCCCACUUCUGGGAACCCUUACUCAGUUCCCAAGUUGGUCCUUUUCAGAAACUGCUUCGGAGAAAUGACAGUGGCUCUCGUGGGAUGGAGCGAAGUGAGGAGCACCAGCCGGGAGACCCUCCACGGAAACUAGGUUGGCAUAUAACAAGCUGUAGCAUCCUCCCUGCUGUUUACAGACUAUUUAAUAUUUAAGCCUCGCAAACCGACUAGGAAAAGGUCAAACAGUAGGCCAUGAACCGUCUGUACGAUUCUCCGAAGAUUGUUUUGUUUCCUGUCCCAUCCCAUGCCGAACUGUAAAUAUUUAAACUGUAGCAGCGGAUGUGUCUCUCCACGUUGCUUUUCAUUGGAUGAAAGGAGCUUUGAGGAAGUUUCCAAGGGAAUGUUUUUCAGGGUGGAUUCAGGCGACUCUUAAAAUUCUAGCCCAACACCAGCUGUUUGGUUGCUCAAGAGUCACCUUCCCCAGGGCAGCUUUCAAUUUUGCCCUCCCAGUCAGCAGUUCUGGUAACCAUUUACCCAAAGUCGGGUUAAAAAGCAGACCAUUUGACUUUUCGGCCUUCCCUCUUCAUUGCAUCAAUCAUCCUUCAUCCAGUGAAAUAGGCACCGGUGACAGCAGAUAGAACUGUCCGUAGGUACCAACACUUGGAGUGCUCCCACCGCCGCAAACCAGACCCCAACUCCCAGAUUUUUGGAACUCUAGAAAUGGUUCUGACUUGGCAAUUCAGACAGAUUGUUGUCCCCUAGUUUUUAGUUUUGGCACUUCCUGACUUGAUUAGUGAAAAUGGAAGGUCUCUGUGAGGCUAUAGUUCCUGAUCAGGCAGUUUGUUCUCAACCCAAUAAUUACCAAGAGAAGAUGGCUUGCCAGUGGCUGUGUCAGUAUCUGGCAUUCCCCACUGAACCCCAGCUGGCCUGUGGGCAACCAUGCUUCCUGGCUCUUACCUACAGUAUUGGUUGAAUUUUGUGAUCAGUCAAAUUCCUCAUUGAUUUCUCCUUCCCAACACUGAGUUGGCAUUAGGGGUUUGGGAUGGGGUGGGGAUGUUAGCUCUUUUGUUGGCUAGAAUUUGGAUUUAGCAUUACUUGAAUCACCUGGAAGCCAAGUUCCACUUUUUCUUGUCAAGAAAAGGCAGCAGCUAAAGAUGAGGAAUGUGAGCAUCUUGGACUUUCUGCCUUGUCUGUGGUCUGUAACUGUAGUCUGAGACUGAAAGUCCAACUGCGAUCUUUGUCAAAGCUCCAUGAUUUCUCACAAGCAGGAUGGCGAGAGCCCCUGUUCUUAGGUAUUAUGUUAAAUAAUCUCCAGUAUAAGAUUUGCCUAGCUUCGAGGUAAGCCCCUUUUGCUGUUAAGUGCCAUAGUAUUUAUUGCCUAAUAGGUUGUUUUUCAGACAAUCAAAAGUUGUAAAUGUCUCUCGGGAGAGUUCUUCAACCUGCUCAGAGAUUCUCUGUUAGGGUAUUUCUCUUUGGCCCACUUUCAGAAAUGCAGAAUUAUCCUGCACAUAGAAAUCCAGGCAGAUCGGGUGCAUUGUUAAAUGGCAGUUCCAAAUUUGAACAAGAUUCAAAAUUCUUGCUCAAAAUUCCACCGCCAAUAAACAGCCUUAAUGAGAAACAUCUCAUUUUUUAGCUGUAAAUUUGCUGCCCUAGGCCAUAGGUCAUCCUUUCUGCUGAUGCCAAAUGCUUCAGUUUUUGUACUUCCUCCUUAAGCUUAGAUAGAUGAAUAUACACUUUUGGUACUAAAAAAACUAAAGAAUUAACUCAAUCCGACAGCUGGCUAGGCAUUCAGCUGUGUUUGGCACUUUCCAACAUUUGAAUAAGUUAUUUUUCUACAUAACAUUUUGAUUGCACUAUUCAAAACCGACAAGUCAAGAGGUUUAGUUCCCCACUGACAUUUUUUCGAAAGGAAUCAGCUGCCUGCUUUUGGGUCACAACCAUUUUUGGCUCCCAUUGACUCUCUCCCUUCGGUUCCCAACACUCGAUCUGUUCUAGAUUUUAGUAUCUGUACGUAUUUGGACAGUCAAUUGUAUCUCUUGGCAUUGCUGCAUGUUUUGAUGAUUUUUGGAAGGUGAAUGUAUUUCAUAAGUGUGCUGGCAGAGGGGAACCCUUUUUAGUGCCCAGCCUGCAGAGUAUUGGUGCUGAGCUGGCACUUUAUCUGUUAUGUGUUUUUGAUAAGUAUGAGGAUUUCAGUUUUACUGGUUUUAACUUUUCUCUUUAACACAUCCCCCAGCCCAAGUGAUGUUGUUUCUUUCUGUGAUACUAUGUGUUAAUUAGGAAUGUUGAAGAUUAAAGUACAAUAUAGAGCAACUGUGA